AUGCGCAACUUGGUGUCGCUGCAGCGGCGCGUGUGGGCGCUGGAGGCGUCAUCUGCGCCCACCGACCAAUGCGUCGCGUUUGCCUCGAUCCCAGGCGACUCGCAGGUGUUUUUCUUGCGCGCUAGCGGCCGCAUCGAGUCGCUGCAGCUCGAGGAAGAAGAUGCGGAAUCGACGUCCAAAGACCUGGAAUUGUUCGUGGACGUACGCGAGUUCGUGGACGACGCCGAGCUGUCUGCAGGGUCCUGGAGGUGGAUGAGUUACGUGGCAGAGCUGGGGACGCUGGUGUGCGCCUCCACCAGCGGAUCCAUCGUCUCGGUUGACGUUGAUGCCAUGGACGGCGAAGAAGUCGGCAGCGUGGCCAGCGGACUGCGAGCCGUGACCUGGAGUAACAAUCAGGAGAUGCUGGCGCUGGUCACGGGUGCGGGGUCGUUGCUGGUGAUGAGCAACGACUGGGAGGUGCUGCACGAGACGCAGGUCCAAGACACGCUGCCCUCCGAACUGCAGCUGCUGAAUUGUGACCAAGACUCGGAGCACUGGUGCUCUCAACUGCGUUGGCGCGAGGACUCCAAGCUCAACAAAGUGCUGGUGUUCACCGAGCAGCUCGAGUUCCAUGCACUUGGACGACUGGAAGAUGGACGGGCGAUCCCCGGACUGGGCUCGGCGUUGGAUUGGAGUCAAAGUCUAGCGUUGAUCGCGAGCAGUGAGAUGAGGAAGGGGCGGCUGGUUGUGGUGUUCUUCGAGCGGAAUGGACUGCGCCAUGGUGAGUUUGUGAUCCCUGCGACGUACCGUGCACCGGCGUUUCGUGUUGGGAAUGUGCGUUGGAAUGCGACUUCAGACACACUGGCAGUGAGCUUGCAUCCGACGGAUGGUAUUGGUAAUAGUGAGGGGGGCAAUCAGCGAACGGUGGUGCAGCUUUGGUCGAGGAACAACUACCACUGGUACCUGAAGCAGGAUAUGCAGCUUCGUGAGGACGACCAGCUUGUCGAUUUUGCGUGGGAUGAAGAAGCUGCAGGCCGACUGAAUCUUCUUACGUGGUCGUCACUCACACAAGAGCUUACUUUCUAUGAGCACGAGUUUGCUUGGGACAUCUGCAGUGUGGAAGCGGAGUGGAUGCAGCAACAGCUGACCCAGUCAUCUCGUGUUAAGGAAUCACAACGCCAGAGUAUCGCUGUGACGGGAGUUAUCGAUGGAUCAAAGCUGCUACUCACGCCGUUGCACCGUGCCAUGGUGCCACCUCCGUUCGCACUACUCCAAGCUUCAUUCGACGCCGCGAUCACCUCAGUUGCGUUCGAUUCCCAAAGCGAGGUUUUGCUGGCGCUGCUCGCAAACGGCACGGUGAUGUUAGUGAAGAACUACCUCACUCCAGCAGAUACGCGAGCUUCAGCUGCAGGUUUACCCCCUCCACCAAGCGCUGCAACUCAAAAGGUCUCCACAGGUGAGCCUAUGUCAAUGACAACCGUAAUGCUGCCUCAACAAGCAGCGGACAACGAGACAUUCACACUUGCAAGCAUUUUCUGGGUCCGUUUCAUCGCUGAGUCUCGACGACUCGUUUUUGCCGGAAAGACUGGACGCCAAGAUCAGCUUGUCGUAUGCUCGGUUGACAGUCUCAACGAAGCGUCAGCCACCGUUCAUCGAACUGACCUCUUCAACGUCCGAAGAGCGUGCGAGGCUCAGCAGGUGAUUGCUGGUGACAGUCUAUCGGUGUCGGAUUCAAGCUCUGUUACCCUCGCCGUACAGACUCACAAUGGUGCUGUGUACACUCUGGACGCUAUGUCUGACGCGGCGAGUUUGGUUCCGACUCGAGUAUCUGGCAAAUUCCCGGCGUUCUCACACUUUACGGUGCUCGACUGUCAAGUUAGCAAGGAGGAAAGUGAACCAACCGCUGAUGACCUUUUGGUGAUUGGACUCGAAAGCUCUAGUGCAAGGCUGUACGUGAAUGGCGAGCUGUUGGCUUCCGCUUGUUCAUCCUUCCGCUAUAGUGCGUUGGCUUCAGUGCUGCUAUUCACGACUCAAGGGCGUGAGUCGCAACUGCGUAUCGCACCGUUGAAUGGCCUUCAAAAGCACUCGAACGAUCGCACGCCUUCGGCGGCAGGCAGCGACGGUGUCCAAUGUGAAUCGCGCUCGAUAGAGCGUGGAGCUCUUCUUGUCGCCACGGUGGGUCAGCGUGCCAGCGUGAUUGCGCAGAUGCCGCGCGGAAACCUCGAGUGCAUGUCUCCACGGCUACUGGUGCUGGCUCUGGCUGUGCAGCAAAUUCAAAAGCUCGAGUACGCUGCGGCAUUGGAAGUCUGCCGCCGUCAUCGCCUCGACCUGAACGUUCUUGUGGACUUCAACCCUCAAGCCUUCAUCAAAAACUUCCCACGAUUCCUCAUACAAAGUUUUCUAUCGACUAGGCCAGCGGCAGUAACCAGUGAUAGACUUUGUCUAUUCAUCACCAAUCUUCACCCCGUCGACGUGUGGAUGACGAAGUAUGGACCACUGCUUGAGCCAUUCACUGCUACCACGGGUGGAAGUGGCGUUCAAGAAGACAGCACAGCUGCCUACGGACCUGAAGAGAAGGUCAACGUUGUGUGUCAGGCAUUUAUGGACGCGAUUCAAGAGCUCGAAAGCAACGGAGAGGAGACCGAGGCUGCUCUGUUACUACCGUUUGUUACGAGUGCUGUAAAGCAGUCGCCUCCACGUUUUGAUGCUGCUCUCGGUAAGAUUCGGGGCUUGCUUCACCGAAACGAGCUUAGUAGUGGAGACAAUGAUGGUACGAGGAAUCGUGCAGCAGCAACGCGUGCUAUAAAGCAUCUGAUCAUGCUGACAGACGUGGACAGUUUGUACUCCGAGGCACUAGGGCUCUAUGACCUCGACCUCGUUCGGACCGUCGCUACUCAUUCGCAGCGGGAUCCGAAAGAGUACGUGCCGUUCCUCGACCGUGUGGCGCAGCUUGACAACGAGAACUGGCGGAAGUACACGAUCGAUGUGCAUAUGGAGCGACACGCGCGUGCACUGACUCACCUCGCUGCACUGAUCAACGAACUCGGUGGUGACAAUGACGAAGAGAAGACCAAGCUGCAGAGCAUGGCGCUGGAACUGAUUGAGCGAGGAGAACUGUAUGACCAAGCCCUUCAACUCUUCCCUCAUGCACCUGCAAAGCGUUCGACGUCGCGGAGUGAUCGUGCAUUCCGCCAGCAGAUUUUGAGACGGAAGGGUGAUUUCCUUGAGGCGGAGAAGAAGUACGAGGCGGCGGCUUACGUCUAUCUGUCAGCUUCAGACAAGGACAAGGCGCGGCGCGCAUUCAUCGCUGCCAAUAAGUGGCAGAUGGCUUUGGCUUUGAGUGCUCGCGAUCAACAGACCCCUGAAAAUCUCCGCAGCGAGGCGUAUUCUAUUGCUCAAGAGUUGCUAAACAGGCAACAACAACAGCAAGUCGGAUCAGUUGACGAUAUCCUAGCGGUGGCAAGGAUUUACGUCGAGUACUGCAACGACGUCGACGAAGCAGUGGCGCUGCUGGUUACACAUCAACAGUGGGCAGAGGGCUUGCGUGUUGCUUACCUUUACAGGCGUGACGACCUGGUGGAGAGUGACAUCGAAACGGGAGUGCUUCAGUGUAGUGACGACGUCCAGGAGGAGCUGGAACGCAAGGAGAAGCAGUACACCAAGCACUGGAAGCGCUUGACCACAAUUCGAGAGCAGAAACGGCUUUUCAAGUUGCACGGAAUCGACGGCAGUCGGUGGGACCAAGGCGCUGGAGGUGAUGGCGAUACAGAUGCGGGUAGCGUUCGGUCUGGGGCUUCGAGUGCCGCAGAUAGCGCUCUUUCGAACGCGUCCAUCAGCUCAGUCGGCAGCCACAACAGCGCUGCAAGUAUUGGCAACUUCUCCAUGCAAUCACUGUCGAUGGCGACGGCUAGCCACUUUUACGCUACCCAAGCGUUGGGAGAUGCUGGCAAGAAGCCCAAGGCCAAGGCAAAGCACGGAGGAAUCCCCUCUCGUCGAGAAAGGCGCAAGAGAAUGAAGGAGGGCAGCGCCGAAGAAGAAGCUUACGUCGUACAACAGCUUUCGGAACUACGACCCAACUCGGCAUUGGCGAAAGAGAUUGGUGCGUUACUGGAAAUGCUGGUCUUCUUUGGCCACGUACAGCAAGCGCAGGCUCUACAGACUCUAUUUGCCAGGUUCGAAAAAUGCGUUGCCGACAUGAAAAUGCCGCCGUCAACAGAUACGCUUUCGACUACGGCCGAGCAAACGGAUCAAAACAAGGAUUCAUACCCGCAGUGGCGACUGGCAGCUUUGCAAGGAUGA